GCUCCCCCCUCGGCCCCCCACCCGGAGCCGCCUAGGCACCUUCGGUGCGUUGCACCGCUGGAGGCUUGGGCCGGCUCGCUCUGCUGCUUAGUGCCGCACCCCACCCGGUGGGCGGCAGCGGCCGCGCACCGCCAGGUUCUGCACUGCGGACCCCAGAAUUGCAUUGCGGGCCCUCGCCCCUCACUGCUGCCAGCCGCUAGGGCUCGCUUGGGAUAGGCGAGCCGCGGUACUAGGGGGCUUGGGGCGCCACUACCGGCCCUGCCCCCUCCCCGAGAAGCGCGCGUCGCCCCCGUCGGGCUGCGGAACUGGGGUCCGCAUCCCACCCUCCGGCCUUCCCGUAGGGCAGCCCCCGCCCGGAGAGAGGAGCGGUCCUACCGAGACCGGUCCGGCCCGGCGGUGAAAUGAGCUUCUUCGGCUUCGGGCAGAGCGUGGAGGUGGAAAUCCUGCUGAACGACGCGGAGAGUAGGAAGCGGGCCGAGCACAAGACGGAGGAUGGGAAGAAGGAGAAGUAUUUCCUCUUCUACGAUGGAGAGACGGUCUCUGGGAAGGUGAGCCUCGCACUCAAAAACCCCAAUAAGCGGCUAGAACACCAAGGCAUCAAGAUCGAGUUCAUCGGGCAGAUCGAGCUCUACUAUGACCGUGGGAACCACCAUGAGUUUGUGUCCCUGGUGAAGGACUUGGCCCGGCCUGGAGAAAUUACCCAGUCACAGGCCUUCGACUUCGAAUUCACGCAUGUGGAGAAGCCCUAUGAAUCCUAUACGGGGCAGAACGUGAAGCUCCGGUAUUUUCUUCGAGCCACCAUUAGCCGCCGUCUCAAUGAUGUUGUCAAGGAAAUGGACAUUGUGGUCCACACACUCAGCACAUACCCAGAGCUGAAUUCCUCCAUCAAGAUGGAAGUGGGCAUUGAGGACUGUCUACACAUUGAAUUUGAGUACAAUAAAUCCAAAUACCAUUUGAAGGAUGUUAUUGUAGGAAAGAUAUAUUUCCUGCUGGUGAGGAUCAAAAUCAAGCACAUGGAGAUAGACAUCAUCAAGCGGGAAACAACGGGUACAGGCCCCAACGUGUACCACGAGAAUGACACCAUAGCCAAGUAUGAGAUCAUGGAUGGAGCACCAGUGAGAGGAGAGUCUAUCCCCAUCCGGCUCUUCCUGGCGGGCUACGAGCUCACCCCCACCAUGCGGGACAUCAACAAGAAGUUCUCUGUGCGCUAUUACCUCAACCUGGUGCUGAUAGAUGAAGAAGAACGGCGUUACUUCAAACAGCAGGAAGUGGUAUUGUGGCGGAAGGGUGACAUCGUACGGAAGAGCAUGUCGCACCAAGCAGCCAUCGCCUCACAGCGCUUUGAGGGCACAACCUCCCUGGGCGAGGUGCGGACCCCCAGCCAACUGUCUGACAACAACAGCAGGCAGUAGGCCCCCGGGGCCAAGCAGCAGCUGGGUUGGCACCCAGCACCCCGUCUACCAAACACCAGCGGCUGGGGAGGGGGAGGACGGUGUGAAGCUCGGCUGACCCGUCACUUGCAACCUGAAAACAAAUCAUGUUUUGACUUAAAAUUCUUUUCUCUGAAGACCCUAAGGGGCUUGGGCUGGGAAGCAGUCUCCCUUGGGAUUCUGCAGCUGAUGUGGGCAUAGGGAGAGGAGGGAGCAUCCUGGAAGCUCUGAGAAAGAGCCUUCUUUUGAGGCCUUCCAUGUGGGGCUGCCUCACAUCUUACAGGAGAGCAGAGAGCAGGCAUCCUUGGCUCCUAGCUCUCUGAGCUUCCUGAUACAGGAGCUGCAUGUCCUUUGAGUCUGAGCUGCCAACAGGGCCCUGGACUGUCACAUCUUAUACUCCCUCUACUGUCCUGAGGUAGUGGCAAAAGGAGUUGAGCCUGCCCCAUCCUAAAUUGCAGGAGACUUAAGAUCAGGAAGCUACCUCUUUGGAGUCUUGGAUGUGGUGCUUCAAAGUCUCCACAGGCCACCACCUUGCUGGCUUUUCUCACUGCUGGAACGUAGGCACCUACUGUCUCCAUUUUCUGUGGUUUCUUCUCAGUAAUAUCCUGAGCAGAAACCUGUAGACAGGCCUUUGCCUCACUGUCCCCUCACCUCUGAGAAACCCUGGGCAGAGAUACCUCAGGUUCAGUGACAUGUAUGGAUGGCAGCAGUUUUGAUCACAGGAGGCCAAGCCAGGCCCGUUGAGGAAGAAGUGCGGUGACAGCAUGUACCAUGUGACUGUCCUCGUCAGCCCUGAGGUCUGGCCGGUUGUAAGGUAUUGCUCUCUGUGCCCCACAAGCCUAAAUAAGAGCAGCUGUUUCCUUUAAGAAGAGAUCUGGGGAAGGGGCCUUGACCUAUUGCUUCCCCAAGAAUUGAUCCUCAUCACUCCUAGCUCCCCAUUUAAUUUCUGGGAAUUGGGGCUUGGUUUCAAACAGAUGGAAAUUCUGUUCCAAUGCCCAAGCUCCUUAACUCCCUACCUACAAGAUAAAAGAUGAGGGAGGGUAUAUGAGGGCCUCAGAAAACCCUACUACACAACUUCAGAGUACUUAUGCUUGCCAAAUUAUGUCUUCGUCUUCACCAGUGACUGACCAGAAUUUAGGACCAUGAUGUUUCGUUUAAAACACAUACAAAGACUCUUGUGCAUAUUCUUGUUUGGCUGGAGGAGAGGGCCAUUCCUUCUGUUGUGUGUGUUUGGGCCUAUUACAGUAAAGUUGAUGACAUCCUUUUUUUUUUUUUUUUUUGGUCAUCUGGAAAUACAAGAAAUCAUUAUCAGUAGGCCUCCUCUCCCUUCUAGAAAAACCAAGGAGGCUCCACUGGUCAACAGGUACCAUACUUGAUAGUCUCAGUUUUUUGUGGUUUGGAAAGCAGAGGAGUUGGUUCCUGUGGCAUCUUCCAGUUAGUAAGGAAGAUAGGGACUGAGUGGCUUUGACUGGUCAAGGAUCCUGCAGUGCAGUGGAGCUAAGGCUGGAAAGACUUGAAGGUGACAGGGUUGGGGAUCAGGGAAGGUAGACAGCAAAGUAAGGAGAGGUUUUCCUCCUGCUCUACACCUGAGUUCAGGUGCAAUGGACAGUCCCCACAGGAACGAGCAGGAUCUCCUAUUCAGCUGUCCCUGAGGUUGGAGUUGAAUUAUGGGGGAGGCAGGUUCUGUGUUCAUAAUUUUUUUCAGAGCACAAGAUUAGGAGCUGAUGUGCUAACUAGAAAGCAUCUGUCAAUUCCUCUACCUUCCAGCUGACAACAUAAAUUCAUUUCCCAACCUCCUAACAUCUUAAAUCUUGUGGGAGAACUAGAAGAUAGAAUUUGCUUUUAUUCUCUCAGAAGCUGUGCACAAGCCAGGUCUUCUGUUUUCUUAUACCCUGUCCCCAUUUCUCCACUCCAGCUAUGGAAGAGGGGAAGAUCCUGUGUCUCUCCAUACAGGUCCCACACCUGGGAGUGCAUAGGUACUAAACCAAGCAGUGCAACUUGUAAUUAAGCAGCUGCAGUGUUUACAUGUUUCUUAAUGUGUCGUCUUUUCAAUGGCUGUAUUUUAAAAAAAAAAAAAAACCAACAACACUUGUUCCGUCGUCUCUGAUUAAAGGAAGCCCUGUGGCUUAGAGGCACUGUGCCUGUGGCCCACCAA